GUUAUACGUAUAUGUUUUAGUUGAAAAAGAGCAUGUGACAAAAAUAUGCGUAUAAAUUCAUAAUUUUGCUGGAGUUUUGCAAGUUAGACGUCAAAAGUAGUCCGGCCGGAUAGAAAAAAUCCGUCUGGUUCCAACUCUGGGCUAGGACUUGAUUCGCGCAGAAAUUUCUAACUGCAUUCCUAAUAAUCUCAAUUCGAUAUCCUUUCAACUUAUUGAAAUCAUUUUUCUUAAUUAAAAUUAUUGAAUUAUUUUAAGGAACGUGAAAAAGGUAAACAACAAUCACGUGAUCAUGAAGAAACUAAACGACAAAUUGAAGAAGAUGCCGAUGAAGAAAUAGUUAAAUUAAUGGAAACACAUGAAGGUGCAUUAAUUCAAUGUAAAGAUGAGAAUGUUAACUUAAGAAAUAAGAGUACAACAUAUCAACGCAAAGUUAAAGAUCUUGAAGAAUCAAUUCGAAAAAGAGAAACAGAUUUAGUUACAUUGAAAAGUGAAGAAAUUAAAUUACAAAAUAAUAUACGUGGUUUAAAAAAAGAUAUUGAAGGAUUAAAAAAAGAAAUUCAAGAACGUGAUGAAACAAUUCAAGAUAAAGAAAAACGUAUUUAUGAACUGAAACGUAAAAAUCAAGAAUUAGAAAAAUUCAAAUUCGUUCUUGAUUAUAAAAUCAAAGAUCUUAAAAAACAAAUUGAACCACGUGAAAUUGAAAUUAAAGAUAUGAAAGAACAAAUAACACAGAUGGAAGCUGAACUUGAACGAUUAAGUAAAAGUAAUGAUGAAGAAAAAUUAAAGAGUGAAGAAUUACGUGCAAAAUUAAAUGCAUCAUCAUUAUCUUUACGACAAGAAAAACAAAUGAAACGAGAUUCUGAAUUAGCAUUGAAACGUAUUAAAACUGAUAUACAUAAUUGUUCAGCUUUCAUUACAGAACCAAAAUUAUUAGCACAACGUGUUGCAGAUAUUUAUGCUCAAUAUGUUCGAGAAGAUGCAACUGAAGAUGCAAGUAUUGAUCAAGAUAUAACAAAAGAAUAUGCACGACAACGUGAUCAUCUUGAACGAACUGUUCGAAGUCUUAAAGCGAAAGUUGAUAAAGAUUCUGAACAACAUAAAACAGAAAAUAUUCGAAUAAUGCAGGAAAAUGUUACAUUAAUCAAAGAAAUCAAUGAUUUAAGACGUGAAUUAAAAGCAUCUCGUGUUAAAUUACAAGAUUUACAAACAGCUAUGGGUAUAAGUCGUAAAACAGCAGCACGUACAACUGAAGAAAUUGUUCACGCAUUAAAUACACAACAAAAUAAUCAUAUUGUUAACGAAAAACAAAAUGAACUGGAAAAUUUAAUUCAACAUCAACGUCAUGAAAUUCACCGACUUAAUGAUCAAAUUACUCGUGUUGAAAAUAAUAACAGUCGUAGUGCUUCAGCUAAUGGUAAUCGAUCUCGACCAACAUCUGGGCAAUUACCACCAAUUACAUCAACAUUAACUGCUCAUUAA